GUACAGCCGUGAUGUCCACAGCUACAAGGAGCUGUCGACAUGAAACUGCCUGUAUUUUUUUAUUCCAAAGCCUUGCUUUCGUGUUUUUGGGCCGUGGGUUGAGAAUGAGAGGAGUUAGUCUUAAAGUCUUGUCGCUGCUGGUUCUGUUGCUGUCCGCGAGUCUGUGCGCGUCAGAGCGAGCUGAGAGGGACAACUCGCUGAAUGUGCGUGAGAGAGCUGACGAUGAUCUAAAUGUGAAGCAGCAGGAGAAUAAAACUCCUCCUGGAACAAACCCUGUGGUAACAACACACGACAAAGAAGAUGACCUGGGCCCCAACGACCCUCUGAAGGAUGGAGCGCUUGUCAGCAAGUCCAACGACACCACUGACAACUACAGCAAUGAGACCCUCCGCUCAGCAACAACCAACGCCAAGCCGACCGUCCCGGCACCACCGACCUCCAAACCCAUCCUGCCGGUGCAGACGGGGGUCAAAGCGCAGGAAGAAGAGCAGUCCAGCGGGCUGACCAUAUUCUUCAGCCUGCUUGUCAUUGGUAUCUGCAUCAUAUUGGUGCACCUGCUUAUCAAGUUCAAGCUGCAUUUUCUUCCAGAGAGUGUGGCUGUUGUCUCCCUUGGGAUCCUGAUGGGAGGCUUCAUAAAGAUCAUCGAAUUCCAGGAACUGGCCAAUUGGAAGGAGGAGGAAAUGUUCCGGCCCAACAUGUUCUUCCUUCUACUCCUGCCGCCCAUCAUCUUUGAAUCUGGAUAUUCUUUACACAAGGGAAACUUCUUCCAGAACAUCGGCUCCAUUACCCUCUUUGCUGUGAUUGGCACGGCCAUCUCUGCCUUCAUAGUUGGAGGAGGAAUCUACUUCCUGGGUCAGGCUGAUGUUAUCUACAAGAUGACAAUGACUGAUAGCUUCGCCUUCGGCUCGCUCAUCUCCGCCGUGGACCCCGUGGCCACCAUCGCCAUAUUUAACGCCCUCAAUGUGGACCCGGUCCUCAACAUGCUGGUGUUUGGUGAGAGCAUCCUCAACGACGCCGUCUCCAUUGUCCUCACCAACACGGCGGAGGGUUUCUUCUCCCGCUCCGACAGCUCCGUGGUGACGGGCUGGGAGACUUUUGUCCAAGCUCUGGGUUAUUUCCUGAAGAUGUUUUUUGGCUCUGCUGCACUGGGCACGCUCACAGGACUCAUCUCAGCCCUUUUUCUGAAGCACUUUGACCUGAGGAAGACGCCGUCGCUGGAGUUCGGCAUGAUGAUCAUCUUUGCCUAUCUGCCGUACGGCCUGGCAGAGGGAAUCAAACUGUCUGGAAUAAUGUCCAUCCUGUUUGCGGGGAUCGUGAUGUCUCACUACACCCAUCACAACCUGUCUCCUGUCACCCAGAUCCUCAUGCAGCAGACGUUGCGCACCGUGGCCUUCAUGUGCGAGACGUGUGUGUUUGCCUUCCUUGGUCUCUCCAUCUUCAGCUUCCCUCAUAAAUUUGAAAUAUCCUUCGUUAUCUGGUGCAUAGUCCUGGUUCUUCUGGGCAGAGCGGUCAACAUCUUUCCUUUGUCCUUCCUGCUGAACUUCUUCAGAGAUCACAAGAUAACACCCAAGAUGAUGUUCAUCAUGUGGUUCAGUGGUCUGAGAGGCGCCAUCCCCUACGCUCUGAGCCUUCAUUUGGGCCUCGAACCCAUCGAGAAGCGCCAGCUGAUCGGCACGACCACCAUCAUCAUCGUGCUCUUCACCAUCCUCCUCCUCGGGGGCGGGACCAUGCCGCUCAUCCGCAUUAUGGACAUCGAAGACAGCCAGUCACGCCGUAAAAACAAGAAAGACAUCAAUCUCAGCAAGACAGAGAAGAUGGGUAAUACCAUCGAGUCGGAGCACCUAUCGGAGCUGACAGAGGAGGAGUACGAGGCUCAGAUCUACCAGAGACAAGAUCUGAAAGGCUUUAUGUGGCUCGAUGCUAAAUAUCUGAACCCGUUCUUCACUCGCCGGCUCACCCAGGAGGACCUGUUACACGGCCGGAUCCAGAUGAAGACGCUGACCAACAAGUGGUACGAGGAAGUCCGUCAGGGGCCGUCCGGCUCCGAGGACGACGAGGACGAAGCAGAACUCCUGUGAAAAGAACCACAGAAGCUGAAAUGUGACUUCUGCCAUGUUGUUGUUCACUGAGGAGACUGUGGUUAACGACACACGUUGCACGAUUUGUUCACGACGUUUUCCAGCAGCAGUGAAGCUGCGGCCUGAAUUAUCUAUGUAAAGCAAUACUCGAGCACUUUUUACGCUUCUCCGUUCACAUUUGUAAAGCCCACUGCUAUCUGGCCCUCGUUAUGUUGGUGUUCGCUGGCGGUUCCACUUUGUUUCAGGGGGGAAGGGUUUAACGCCGCGCCGCUCCAGGCUGAAUGUGGGGUUUUCAUGAGCCACGGAUUUCAGUAGAAGUAAUUGUCUGCGUCGCCACUUUUCUAUGCAUUAGAGUUCAGAAUUAAUUUGCUGUCAUGUAAAGAAAAACCCAGCACAUGUAAAAUUAAAUACAAGUCACAAAUGAGCUACUCUCUAUCAGAGGCAGCAGGGGAAAAAAACAAAAAAAACGUCUAAAUGGGAAAUGUAAAACUAAUAAGUGUUUUUCAAACAGAAAUGCUACAAGAGGAUAAUUUUAUCCCUGAAAACUGGAAAUUACUUUCCAAGAAUAGAUUCGGUUUCAGUCCAAGAAACAAACUUGAAUCCUUUGUGGAGGUUUAUGCCACUAAACUGUGUCUGUGGAGACGUGAGAGUCUCCGAUGUUGAUUUUCACUCUUGAUUUGUGAUCAGCAGACAGGAACUCAUGAAUGUGAAAAAUCCGGCUAUUUCAUUUGUUUGUUGUUUGUUUAAUGAUUUUUGUUUUCUAUUUAUUUAUAAAGUCUUUACCUGUUAUUUGUGGGAUAAAAGCUUUUAUACAAACGCUGUGACAAGUACAAGAUGAAGAAAA